UCGUUUAGUUAACGUUAUACUAGCAUCUCAUAUCAUUAUUUGCCUUUCCAAGCUGAAAAUAAUGAAACACGUUCGUUAGCUACUCACUCGUAAAAGAACAUUCCAGAUUCAUCGUUCGUCCUACAUAUCGGGGCGACAUUGACAUAAUGCGAGGUGUCGUGGACAUGCAGUAAGUAGCCUACGUUGAGGUUAUUAGGCUAUACAAUGUUAACUUUUUCUGUAAGUCAUUUUGCCCAAUUCAAAAACAAGUAGAUCUACCUAUUCGUGAAGCCGGGUUGCAACCAGCUCUGCAGUAGGCCUGUCCUAUUUUUUUGGAAAGGGGAACUUCCAUGAAAAUCAGCCUGUUCUGCAAUGAAACUGGAGAAUGUAGCAUGAAUCAUGCUUUACCCAGGCUAUUCCACCGGAAUCACCUGGGCAAUAAAGGUUUAUAUCUAUUUUAUAGAUUGAAACAUUUUAUACAGUAGCUAGUAUACCAUGCGGGAUCGAAUCAUCGGUUUAACUCCGAGGCUAUGUAAGACGAAUUAAUCUGGAAUGUCCUUUAACGAUCCUAUGUUGAUUGAGUCUAGGAGUUGACACCCUAUCCCAGAAGAACUGGCAGUCAUCCACCUGUGAGCCUGGACACCUGCAAGACCUGGACGUAGGGGAAAGACAGACUGGGACAAGGCCAUAGGCAAAGUAGGGAAACAAGCAGUUUGCUCUGGCUCCAACCAAAAGAGCCAUGAAUAACCGGGAGGUUGUGGCUAUGCUGGAGGAGUGUCGGCAGACUGCGGCCGCUGGAUCCGUGGAACCCACUGAUGAAGCGAAGGAGGGAUUCCUGCGAUGCAGGGCGUCCCUCUCCGCCGAGCUCAGUGCAUUGCUCCAGGACGCAGCGGCAAUGAAGUGGCCCUUCGUUCCAGAGAAAUGGCAGUACAAGCAGGCCGUCACCUUGGAGGACAAGACCACGCUCAAGGAACUCAUCAGCAGGCAUCUGCCCCAGCUUCUGAUGCUCCUGAGAGCGUCCCUUUUAGCUGGAGAGCCCUUGUGGGCAGCUUCCACGGUGUUCCUGGUGGACCGUUUCCUGUACUGGGUGGACACCUCCAAAAGCCUGCUGAAGAUCGCCCAGGCCCUGCACAAGCACUACCCGACCACGCCCAUUGCCCCCCAGGUGGUCAUCAGGCAGGCCCGUCUGUCCCUCAACUCUGGUAAACUCCAGAAGGCAGAGUACAUUCUGAGCAGCCUGAUCAACAACAGCGGAGCAACAGGUUGCUGGGUGUACCAUGCCGAUAGCGACAGAGUCCUGGUACAGGCUGUCAGUGUGCAGGUACGAGGGCAGGUGCUGCAGAAGCUGGGGAUGUGGAUCGAGGCUGCAGAGCUCAUCUGGGCGUCACUGAUUGGUUUACAUGCUCUCCCUGAACCAGACAGAAAGGGGAUCGGAACAUCUCUAGGGCUAUUGGCAAACAUUCUGGUGUCGAUGAACGAUACAGAUUUCCAGGCAUUCAUCGCAGGUCAACACAUGGAUCUGCGCUUACUGAAAGAGAGAGGUCAUCGCUUACUGGCAGCAGCCGAAGCUGCCAAAAUGGCCGUGGUGUACAGCCAGUAUGAUUCUCUCUACGUGCUAAGCAAUGUGGUGACCCAGGGCAUUUGUCUGUUGGCCUACAGCUUCUCGCCAGGGUGUGGCCCCACAGAGAGAGAGGCCAUCCUCGGCGAAGCCAAGGAGGCCUUCCAGAUCGGCCUGCUGGCCAAGCGGGAGGGCGAGGUGGUGACCAGCAAGCAGGACCUGCACCUGUUGAUCAAGGCGGCGUACUCUCUGACCGUCACCCACAAGUGGUUGGGCUCUGCUCGGGGACAGGUCAUUGAGGCCAGCCAGGUGUGCCAAGAGGUCGUGGAGAAGCUGCACGCCUACAGUGCCGUGGGUGGUGGGGAGAGAGAUGCGCUGGGCGCUGAGAUCAUGGGCCUGGUGGGGCGGGUGAAGGUGGUCCUGGGAGUCAAGCCCUUCACCACGUCUGACGAGCGAUCCUUCAUCCCGGACAGCUACCGCUCAGCGGAGGAGACCCCUGUCAGGUUUUCGACCGACCACUUCUCAGAGGUGAUGGGCAGGUUUCGGAAGCACCACGCAUCGGUGUGCCAGGCUCACAGAAUGUCCAGGAGUGGUGCGUCCAGGAGCGGGGUCCAGGAGUGCUCUGUCACCUGCAUCACCACCAUGAAGACAGCCACUGAAACCCUGGACACAGAAGGUGCCACAGAAAAGUAUACACAUGACAACUGGCCUCUGGGGAGAAGACCAGACAGACAGACAAAAGGGGGACAUGUGGAGCAGCAGUGUUCCAAUGAGCUCACUGAAGGAGAGGAGACGGAUGGUGCCACCAGCAGUGAGGGGUGUGGAUUUAAAGGAAUGAGCAAAAAGACGUCUACCUCCUGCUCCUUUAGAGACAGACCGGCGUCCCUAAUUGAUGCCGGAGUGAGAAGCAAGGGCAGAAAUGCCGUGACCUGUGCCAUUCGGAAAGCAGAGACGAGGGUGGAUCAGAAGUGUCUGACAGAGGUCAGUGACGAGGACGGUGAAAACGUCUCUAGUGAGGAUCCUGGAUCUUUGGCGGGAUAUGAAGGAGAAAGUGCAAGCGGUUAUAGACAGAGCCCUCACGCUUCCUCAAGAGGUACUUCGGCCCUGCCUUCGUCCUGGGAGUCCAUUUCCUAUCCUGACACAGAAAGUAAGAAGGGCCCGAAUGACACAACCGCUAGAGUGUCUGCUAAUGACUCAGUGACAGAAUGGGUGGAAGUUGGGAUGGAGCUCCAGUAUGAGACCAAGGACAGUAAUAAAGAGAAUAUGAAGGCAGGACAAGGCAGUAAAGGUUGCCAAUUUAAUGGAGUCGACAAUGGAAGGAAUUCCUCCAGUUCACUGAAAGACCCAUCUCCUUUCAUUGAGCCCAAAAAGAUAGGCAAGGAUAAAAAAUCUGUAACUCGUGCGAAACAGAGAGUGGCAAUGUGGGUGGACCAGCAGUGUCCGACAGAGUUCAGCGAUGAAGAGGUGAACAGUGAAACCAACAGCAAACGGCUUGGGAUUAAGGGAAUGGACAAAGCAAGGACUUCCUCCUGCUCUCCGAGAGAUGGUCCACCUUCCGUCAUUAAACCCAAAUCAUUAAACAAGUGGGUGGACCCACAGUGUCCUACAGAGUUCAGCGAUGAAGAGGUGAACAGUGAAACCAACAGCAAAGGGCUUGGGAUUAAGGGAAUGGACAAAGCAAGGACUUCCUCCUGCUCUCCGAGAGAUGGUCCACCUUCCGUCAUUAAACCCAAAUCAUUAAACAAGUGGGUGGACCCACAGUGUCCUACAGAGUUCAGCGAUGAAGAGGUGAACAGUGAAACCAACAGCAAACGGCUUGGGAUUAAGGGAAUGGACAAAGCAAGGACUUCCUCCUGCUCUCCGAGAGAUGGUCCACCUUCCGUCAUUAAACCCAAAUCAUUAAACAAGUGGGUGGACCCACAGUGUCCUACAGAGUUCAGCGAUGAAGAGGUGAACAGUGAAACCAACAGCAAAGGGCUUGGGAUUAAGGGAAUGGACAAAGCAAGGACUUCCUCCUGCUCUCCGAGAGAUGGUCCACCUUCCGUCAUUAAACCCAAAUCAUUAAGCAAGUGGGUGGACCCACAGUGUCCUACAGAGUUCAGCGAUGAAGAGGUGAACAGUGAAACCAACAGCAAAGGGCUUGGGAUUAAGGGAAUGGACAAAGCAAGGACUUCCUCCUGCUCUCCGAGAGAUGGUCCACCUUCCGUCAUUAAACCCAAAUCAUUAAGCAAGUGGGUGGACCCACAGUGUGCUACAGAGUUCAGCGAUGAGGAGGUGGAUGGUGAAACCAGUCUUGCAGGGCAUGGGUUUAAAGGGAUGGGCAGUACGAGGACUGCUUCCAGCCCUCUCGGUGAUAGUCUGGGUUCGAAUUCCUCAUGGCAGAAGCUCUGUCUUUCUGACACAGGGUCCCCUGUUACCAGUGGAAAAGACAGCAGAAGACCUUCUGACAAUCACACAGAGGAGGAGUGGGUAAACGUGGACUGUCCUAAAGCAGUUAAAGACGAGGUGCUUGAUAAAGCAGGGAGUAGUUUUAAAGACACGAGGAGAGUCGGCUCUCUCUGCGAUAGUCUGAGUUCUGGUUCUUCAUGGCAGAAGCUCAGUUUCUCUGACGCAGGGUCUGCGCUUAGCAGCGGUAGAGGUGCUUGCUCCAGUGCUAAACAGAGAGUGCGGGUGGACCGGCAGUGUCCUACAGAGGGCAGUGAUAUGGAAGAUCAGAGGGACACAGGAUCAUUCCCUGCGCGCGCACUGAAAGCGGACUACCACCAGCCAGAGCCACGCCAAGUAGACCCCAAGGCAGAGACUGAGGACUAUGUACUGGGAGACCUCAGCAUGUCCGCUGAGUGUGACGAACCUAAAGAUUCUGCUGCAGAGAUUGGUGGCGUGGGACAUUUUGCAGAGCCAAAGUCUUUUCGGAUCAUGGGAAAUGAGGAAGGACGUGAGGGGGAACUUGGAAAGCUCUAUCUGGAUGACUACCAGCAGCCCUCGUACAAUAAUCAGUCACAUAAUCGGUGUCUUGGGAAGUGCACGCUGUGUAGUCUAGUCCCUGAGUGUUCACCCACCCUGACGGAGCAAGAUUACAAAGCUCUUCUGUCUGGCGUGUGUCACAAAUGUCUGCUUAAUAGGCUGGACGUGAAAAAGACGUUUAGACUGAGGAAACACAGGACUGCCUACAGUGCCCUUCUUCUGAAAUACUCCAAGGUGACUGAUCGCUGGACAUCCCGGGAGACAAAGGUGUUCAUUGGAGACCCCAUUGGGAAAAAAGGCUGCCAAAGAACAGCAUUUUGGGUGCAGAUUCUGCACCAGGAAGAGGUUCUGGGCAGUUAUGUCGGGAAGACGUACCAAUUUGAAAAAGAGAUCCGCUACCACCUAACUGACGUGGAGAGACAGAUGACGGCGCAGUAUUACGUAACGGAGUUCAACAAGAGGCUGUACGAGAAGAGCGUCCCUGCACAGCUCUUCUUUAUUCCAUCUGAAGUUCUUCUGAUUCUAGAAGGUGAUGUCAUCACUGACUGUGUGACAGUAGAACCGUACAUGCUGGGAGACUUUGUAAAGCUGACCAAUAACACCGUCUAUACCAACCAAAAUUAUGAAGCCACAGACUAUGGCAUUGCUUUUGGCCAUUUCACUUACCAGCUCUCCGGUGGCAAAGAGGUGGUUGUAGACUUGCAAGGGUGGGUGACAGACAAUGGGAAGGGAUUGACGUACCUCACCGACCCCCAGAUCCACUCGGUCACGGGGGUGGGAUCUCGCCAUGGCGCACGCGGCAUCAAACAGUUUCUGGAGAACCAGCAUGGCCCACAGUGCAAUGGCAUCUGCAAAGCCCUAUCCCUGGGGCUGCUCCAGUGACCCCAUUGUUUAAGUCUGCAUCAGAUUCACUCGAACAAUGAAUAAGCAGUGUUGCGGUAUGGUCUUUAUGCUAAUGCAGACUUUGUGAGUAAACAUUACUGAUGGAACAUUCCAACUAAGCCUGAGGUGAAGACUGUGGUUUUGGCGGGAAACAGAAACCAGCAGGCCUUUCACAGAAGCCCACAGAAGAAAAAGAGCCAAUAAAACCAUUGAGCUAAUUACCAUGUAUCUUUUAAGUGCUAAAAGAAAAUGUUUAGCCUACGUAUUAUUCCUUCGAUUUAAGUGUUUUGUUAUUUUUCAUUUAUUACAAUUAUAUGUUUAUUUCACAUUAAUUUCCAGUCGGGCAACCUGGGAGGGUCCCUGCUCAGCCUCAAAUCUGACCUUUUGCCCUAGGAUUUGGGCCGAGAGUGAAACAUAUAUUAAAGAAUAAGAAUGUACUAACAAUGGUGGUUUGUAUUAAACCUAUAGAAUUUUAUUGUACUAAUGUAUGAUAAUAUGUAUCAGUUAAAACAGUUAAAUGCUUGUUUCACUUAUAUAUGGUUAACCCUAUAUUGUGUGCUAGUCUCAUGGCAAUAAGGCACUCUUAAGGAAUUUGGCUCAACCUACGAAUAAGGAGUUAAGGAACACAUUUUCCCUAGUGGUUUUUGGUCGUAAAUUCCCUCCUGGGGAAUGCUUAUUGAAAAUAAGCACACCAUGUCAGACACUUAGUAAGUUAUCAUUAAAAUCCAGAAUGAGUUAGUUGGGGAUGAGUCAUCUUGUGACUUUUGCAGAACAUCCUUCCUAUGACGAGUUAUAAAAAUAGUAUAAAGAUUUGUAUGACCAAGAGAUUUUUAGCUUUGUCUUGUGCAUUGAUCUUCUGGACCAUAAUAAUAUUGCAAUAAAAUAAAACUACUAUUCACCAGC